AUGUCUCACGGAGGAAAUCUCCUUGAUCGGGUGGAAAGCGUUCUAUACUCAAUAAGCAAUGGUGACCUCCAAAAUGCUGCGGCUCUCGUGGACAAUAUCAGCCCGCGGUCGACUGCUCUACCUACACCGCCUAUUAACGGCCAUGACCCUCAUAUGAGCGGAAAAGGCUUACAGCGUCGCCCAUCGCGCACCCCAUCUUUCACGUCAACUCUCGGAUCCGUCCUAUUCUCCCGCCGCGACAAGAGUAUGGAUGCAGGUGAUUCCCAUGGAUCGAUUGGCAGUAGUGACGGGAUCCAGAACAUUGAAAACGCCAGUGAAGACCAGGCAAUUCGGAUUCAGAAUAUGUUGAGGAGCAUUUUGGAAAAGCAGGAACGAUUGACUCAUCAAACGAAAGUAUCAGACUCUAUUUCUACAGAGGCAGCAGACUACAAGACCUUGACAAGUACAGCCGUCGAGGAUGACAAGCGUGAUGUAGCCUUUGAGCAGUGCAUCAAGGUCGUGAACGCCAUGGGUCGUGGUAUUCUCAGCGAGCGUAUCGACGUCUCCCUGGAAAGGCUUCCGCCCACACAAGUCGAGCUGAUUCAGAGCAUCAAUCAAGCGGCCGAUCGCAUGGAAGCCUUUGUUGCGCCAACACUCAGAGUGUUGCACGACAUAGGUUGUGAAGGAAGGCUUGGCCAGCAGAUCGCUGUCGCCGACGCCGAAGGAAGUUGGAAGGACCUCAUUGAGUCUGCAAACACCGUCAGCUUGACUCACAGCGACCGCAUCAAAGAGAUCGUGGAAGUGUGCAAAGCAGUCGCUUCUGGAGACCUGACGAGGGAAAUUCGCGUAGACCUCAAGGGAGAUGCCUUGAUUCUGAAAGAUACUAUCAACUCCAUGGUCGUUACCCUGAACUCUUUUGCUAUCGAGGUCACAAAAGUAGCACACUUGGUCGGAACAGAAGGCCAGCUGGGAGUACAAGCGCAAGUGCAUGGCGUCAGCGGAACCUGGGCCCUCCUCACGGACAAUGUGAACCGCAUGGCUUUCAACCUUACUGACCAAGUACGUGAUAUCGCGGAUGUGACAAAAGCCAUUGCCCGGGGGGAUCUCAGCAAGAAGGUUCGCGUCGACGGACGGGGCGAGAUCUUGGAACUCAAGGAGACCGUUAACUCGCUUGUCGACCAAUUGACCACGUUUGCAGCGGAGGUCACUCGUGUUGCCCGUGAAGUGGGUACUGAAGGAAAGCUCGGAGGACAAGCGGUUGUCAAGGAUGUCGGAGGAACCUGGAAGGAGUUGACCGAGAGUGUGAACGCGAUGGCACGUAACCUCACGGCUCAAGUCCGCGACAUUUCUUCAGUCAGUUUCGCCAUCGCUCGUGGAGAUCUCAGCAGGACGGUAACGGUAGAUGUCCGCGGUGAAAUGCUCGAACUCAAGGAAACGGUGAACUCGUUGGUAGAUCAACUGAGAACUUUCGCAUCAGAAGUGACCAGGGUUGCUCGAGAGGUGGGGACAGAAGGAGUCCUCGGGGGACAAGCAGUCGUCAAAGAUGUGGGUGGGACAUGGAAGGAGUUGACCGAGUCGGUGAAUGCGAUGGCCGCAAACCUCACUGCUCAAGUUCGAGAUAUCGCUGAUGUUACCAAGGCCAUUGCGAAAGGAGAUCUGAGCCGCAAAGUGCGAGUCGAUGGACGCGGUGAAAUCUUGGAACUCAAAGAAACCGUCAACUCUCUGGUUGAGCAGCUGACCACCUUCGCUUCUGAAGUUACUCGUGUCGCGCGCGAGGUCGGAACAGACGGGCGGCUUGGAGGUCAAGCUGUCGUCGAGAACGUUGCCGGUACCUGGCGUGAGCUGACAGAAUCAGUCAAUGCGAUGGCGAGCAAUUUGACUGCGCAACUCCGUGAUAUUGCGUCUGUCAGUUCAGCCAUAGCAAGGGGUGAUCUCAGCCAGACUGUGACCGUCGAUGUGGAAGGCGAAAUGCUAGAAUUGAAGAUCACCGUCAAUUCGCUUGUCGACCAAUUACGGACGUUCGCGCGAGAAGUCACUCGAGUCGCUAGAGAAGUCGGAACGGAAGGGAAGCUUGGCGGUCAGGCUGUUGUCAAGGACGUCGCCGGUACAUGGAAGGAUCUCACGGACUCGGUCAACGCCAUGGCAGCGAAUUUGACAGCGCAAGUGCGUGAUAUUGCCUCUGUCAGUACGGCCAUUGCGCUGGGUGACUUGUCUCGAACCGUCACCGUCGAUGUCCAGGGAGAAAUGCUGCAGUUGAAAGAGACCGUCAACUCCUUAGUCGACCAACUGCGUACCUUUGCAAGGGAGGUCACGCGUGUAGCCAGGGAAGUCGGUACCGAAGGAAAGCUUGGAGGUCAAGCCGUGGUGAAGGACGUCGCCGGCACUUGGAAAGAUCUCACUGACUCCGUCAACGCUAUGGCCGCGAACUUGACGGCUCAAGUGAGGGAUAUCGCGUCCGUUAGUACCGCUAUCGCCGAAGGUGACUUGUCAAAGAACGUGACUGUCGACGUUCAGGGAGAAAUGUUGCAGCUCAAAGAAACGGUCAAUUCGCUCGUCGAUCAGCUGAGAACUUUCGCUCGUGAGGUCACUCGAGUAGCGCGAGAAGUAGGCACUGAGGGCAAAUUGGGAGGCCAAGCCGUAGUGAAAGAUGUCGCUGGUACCUGGAAAGACCUCACGGAUUCCGUGAAUGCCAUGGCCGCGUCUCUCACCGCUCAAGUGCGCGACAUCGCUUCCGUGUCGACGGCCAUCGCGGCCGGAGACCUUUCGAAAACGGUCACUGUUGACGUGCAAGGGGAGAUGUCGGCCUUGAAGCGCGAUCUCAAUCGGAUGGUGGAUCAGCUCAGAACUUUCGCUGCAGAGGUGACGAGAGUGGCGCGUGAAGUAGGAACUGAAGGAAAGCUCGGCGUUCAAGCCCAAGUCGACGAUGUCGAAGGCACCUGGAGGACUAUCAUUGUCAAUGUCAACACCAUGGCCAGUAACCUCACUUCUCAAGUCCGUGCCUUCGCCGACAUUUCCGCCGCUGCGACCGACGGGGACUUUACCCGCUUGAUCGACAUCAAAGUCGAAGGCGAAAUGGCUAGUUUGAAGAGCAAGAUCAACCAGAUGGUUUUGACUCUCCGCGAGUCCAUUCAAAAGAACACCGCGGCCAGGGAGGCCGCUGAACUUGCGAACCGUGCCAAGUCUGAAUUCUUGGCCAAUAUGAGUCACGAAAUUCGAACCCCUAUGAACGGUAUUAUCGGCAUGACUGCCCUCACACUCGAACAGGAACUCACGCGCCAGCAGAAGGACAACCUGAUCAUUGUCUCGUCGCUGGCCAACUCCCUCCUGUCCAUCAUUGACGACAUCUUGGAUAUCAGCAAAAUCGAGGCUGGACGCAUGGUCAUGGAAGAGAUCCCGAUGAGCUUGCGUCAUGUCGUCUUCUCUCUCUUGAAAACUCUGGCCGUUCGUGCGUAUCAAAAGAACAUCUCACUCUUCUUCGACAUCGACAACACCAUCCCCGAUCAGUUGGUUGGCGAUCAGUUGCGAUUGAAGCAAGUCAUUACCAACUUGGUUGGCAAUGCUAUCAAGUUCACAUCUGCGGGAGAAGUUGCGCUGCACGCCACGUUCAAGGGUAUCGUCGGAGACGAGGUUGAGAUCGUAUUCUGUUGCUCGGACACUGGCAUCGGAAUCGAGGCAUCCAAGUUGGAUUUGAUCUUCGACACUUUCUGCCAAGCUGAUGGUUCCACGAGCCGGAAGUUCGGUGGUACUGGUCUGGGAUUGACUAUCUCUCGUCGUCUGGUCGCUUUGAUGGGAGGCGAUCUGUGGGUGCAAAGUGAAUUCGGAAAGGGAUCCCAGUUCUAUUUUAACGUCCGUUUCAAGCUGUCUAAACGUGGUGAGGACGACCACAAGAUUCAAGCCUUCAGCGGCGCCAGCCUCUUGCUGUUGGAUGAUGGAGAGAAGAACGAUACCCCGGACAUUGGGGCCGGUGAGACCUCCAAUGCCCUAGUGGCCACAUCGCCGGCUUCACCGGCAUCUCCCUCGCAACACGUUGCCAACUCUAUGGAAGCCUUGGAGGCAAUGCUCCGCAACCUGAACCUGGCGUCAACGCGCGUUCACACGAUCGAAGCUGCCAACCAGUGUGCUGAGGAGAAGUCCUACUCUGCAAUUGUCCUCACAUCUCUCGCGGCAAUCAACCGAGCCCGCGACGUCACUCGUCUACGAUACACCCCCGUUGUUCUCUUCGCCGACUCGGCUCGCAUGCGUCUGGAUAUGAAGUGGUGUAUCGACACCAGUAUUGCCUCUUACGCGUCCAACCCCGCUACUCAAGUGGAUAUUGUCAAUGCUCUCAUCCCCGCCUUUGAAAGUUCUGACGCCAACGGCGCUGCACGCCAGGCGAACAAGGACAACAGUGGAGGAUACUAUAUCCUUCUCGCGGAAGACAACUUGGUCAACCAGAAGCUCGCUCUCCGCAUCCUGGAGAAGUUCGGGCACAAGGCCACCGUUGUGGAGAAUGGAAAGCUUGCGGUAGAAGCAUUCCAGCGUGAAGCCUUCGAUCUGAUCUUGAUGGAUGUCCAAAUGCCCCUGAUGGGUGGAUUUGAGGCGACUCAAGUCAUUCGACAGAUCGAGAAGAAGAUGGGUCACGACUCCCCAUUGAAGAGGAUUCCAAUUAUUGCCGUAACCGCUCACGCCAUGAUCGGAGACCGCGAGAAAUGUCUCAACGCCGGAAUGGACGAGUACGUUACCAAACCCCUCCGCAUGAACGAACUCAACGCCAUCAUCAACCGCUUCCCCAAACGCACCCACCAAGCCAGCGUUACGGGCGGACGGGCUGCCGUCGCGACCGGCGGCGCAGCGAGCGCAGGACUCGGCCUGACCUCCGAAAUCAAUUUUGGUGGAACCGAGAGGAUUUCGGUUGCUGAUAUGGAGAUCCUUGACAACCCCAGUGGGUCGGAUUCGGAUCCGCGGGAUCGCGGAUUCUGA